AUGGCGCAAAUCAACACUUUCACAGCCACUCUCCAGAAAGAUUCGGCACUCUCACUUGACCUUCUGAGCAAGACUGCUCUUGAGGGGCAAUCAUGGCUGAGCCACGAGCACAAGCGCAAGAGUGGCCUUGAGACGCCACCGUCUGAAGCCUCAACUCCCGUGAUCGAGAAGGACCUCGAUCAGCUUCUGGAGCGAGCAGACACUUGUGUGGACGACACUCUCUCAGUCAUUUCACCCGGUGAUGCGCCUACGGUCGCUGUUCUGGGGGUUGGCUACGUCGGAACUCAUCUCGUCAGCACCUUUGCCACGAAGUAUCCCGUCAUCGGCUUCGACGUCUCAAAGACCCGGAUCAACGACCUGCUGGCUGCACAAAUGCAUGAUCCCGUCGAGGAGCAGAAAGACAUCAAGUAUACCUCUGAUACUGCCCUUCUUCGCCGAGCCACCCACUUUUUGAUUUCGGUACCCACGCUCCUGCGCCCAGAUCGCACCGUCGACGCGUCGUUUCUUUGCAGCGCCCUUCAGACGCUCUUGGGGCCACUGGCCAUGCGAAGGGGGCUGUUUGCCGGCAUGUCUCCAGAGCGUGUUGAUCCCGGGCGUAAGGAUCCGCCUCUUUCUUCGAUCCCUAAGAUUGUCUCUGCCCUGGACGUCAUUCGACCCGGCUCUCUCAGUGCAAUUGUCCAGCUCUACUCGACGGUAUUUGACACUGUCGUGCCUGUUUCCUCGCCAGAGAUGGCCGAUGCCUGCACCACACACCGCAUCGACCCGUACGAGGUCUGUCGGGCCGCAUCAACCAAGCCAUUUGGCUACAUGAACUACACACCUGGCCUGGGUGUUGGAGAACACUGUAUCCCAGUCAACCCCUUCUACCUGCUGUCCAACUCGAGCUUCCCGCUACUGGAGGAGGCGACAAAGCGCAUGCACGAGCGGCCAACGCGCAUCGGGGCUCAGAUUCUUGAGGGACUCCGCGCCAGGAUGUCUUCUGGGACCUUUGGUCAUAGGAAGCCACGUGUCUUGGUUGUCGGCAUGGGUUUCAAGAAGGGCCAGUCGACCUUGAGCCAUUCACCUGGUAUCGAGCUUCUCAAGACACUUCAUCUCGCUGCAGAGGCCGAUGUAACAUGGGCCGACAGUCUGGUGUCUCAGGAUGCCAUCUUCAGCGUGCCAAAGCUUCAUGAUGAGCAUUGGAACAGCGACGAUUUAGCCGCCUUUGACCUCAUCCUUGUCGUCUUUCUACAGCCGGAUAUGAGCCAAAAGGUCCUCGAGACUUUACCUGCUCAUGUAGAGCUCGACUGGCUGAGCAUGCGGCCAAAUUAG